GAAUUAAUUCAGGCUGUGCUUCAGAGAAGAGAACAAGAGACAGGUGUAACUGGAUAGGAGAAAACCUUACAAUGCUAGUGAAGUUUUUGCUUAUCUACAAUACAAUAGGAUUGGCAAAAUUAGUCAAACACUCAAACCAUCUUGGAUACCAUGAUGGUUCAUUGCACAGCUCAAAGCCACAAAUGUAUGAGACUUCUACGUACCCUCAGUGGACCCCUCUACAACAAGCAGAAGAAGGUUAUUGGGAGGCAGAAGUGCUCAGAGAGGAUACUCAAGACUAUCCUUCCAGUUCAAUCUCCUCACAUCAAGAAGAGAGAGAAGAUAUUGAAGCUGAAAGCCCACAGUCCCAAAAUAAGAAUUGGUGUUCCUUCAUGCAGUCUCGACUGGUAACAUACAUAGAAGCCUGUAUGAAGGAAAAGUACAUUGUCAACUCUCAACAGCCCUGUCCAAAUGGAACGCCAGACUGCCAGAAGAUCAUGUAUAGGACAGCAUUGAAGCCAGUCUAUCAAGUGAAACAGAAGGUUUUGAAGUCUUUACAGUGGAAGUGCUGCCCUGGAUUUAUUGGCAAGGACUGUGAACAGCAUGAUCCCAAUUUUAUUCCGGUGCCAGCAAAUGUGACUGAAGGACUGCAAGAGGAGGAGUUCUCAAACCACAUGGCAGCAUCAGUGGAUUCAAGAGAAAUGCUGGAAGUCAUUCAAAAUCAUGAGGCGUUACUGGACGAUCUUCAAAAUGAUAUUCAUCAAGCAGUCAGCAACUUAGGUGACUUGCAAAAAAUAUUUGAAAACAACGGUACAAGCAUAGCGUUAGAAGUGAACCAGAGUAAAUCAGAGUUACAGGAAAGGCUUCUGCAGCAAAUUCUAUUUCCCCACUUGGAGAAUUUUCUAAGGAAACAUUUUAACCCAAUGUGGGCAAGCUUCAACAGAAGCUUACAGAACCUCUCCAGCAUGGUGAGAAACCUGUCCCACGCUGUGGAAGCCAACAAGAAAAGUAUUGAGCGAUUCCAUGAAAGCACUGUGCCUAAGAAAGAGUUCCAGGAGCUGGGAACUAAAUUUGAAUCUAAAGUUCAAGAAAACGUUAUGAAAGUUGAUCAGGUGAAAAGGGAUAUAGAUAAUCAAUUGCAAAUGCAGCAGGCUAAUAUUCACCAUAAUCUCACCAUGAUCAAGGCAGAUACUGACACAAAGCUCAAAAAAUAUCACAAGAUACAGCAUUCCCAUUUCUUAGUUUUGAACAACAGUAUAACAAACAUGAAACAAGAGCAAAACAAUUUUGAAAAUAAAUUUGAGGCUUUGAGAAGAAAUUUAACAGAACUCUUCUCACAUCAUGGUCCCAAAGAUGAAACUAUCCAGUCAAGCAUCAGACAAAUAAAUGACAUUCUGGCAGGGCAUGCAAAGCAGCUUAAAGAACUUUACAUGGAAUCAGAUGUGGCCUUUCAAAAUAUUGUGGUUUUAGAAAGAUGGUUUAAGGAACUAAAAAGAAAUAUCUCAAAGUAUAGGCCAGAAGAUCUUACAAUAGCUUUAAUGGAGAAAUCACUUAUUAUUGAAGAAAACAAAGCAGCAAUGGAAAGGCAGAUAUCUGAGCUCAACUACACUCUCUCAAAUCUUCGAGAAAACUAUUCAGAUCUGCUGAGGUACAUGGAUGACUGCAACUGCCAGAAAAUACCUUCUGAUGCUGAUUUACUGGAGGAGGAUUUAAAGAAUAUCACUUAUUCCCUUGAAGGCACUGAAUCAAACUUAACAGAUAUGAAACACUUAGAGUCAGUUUUCAAGGAUCUCUUGAGGAAUGAAAUAGAAGAGCUCUCCUCAGCUUUUCCAUCUAUCUAUCAGUCCCUUAAUCUCCGUCAAGAAGAAAACAGACAGCUUCAGUCACAGGUUAAGGCUUUUUCAGAAGAUGUCGGCUUCUUGAAAAAGAAAGAUGAAGAAAUUCAUAGACACAUCAAGUAUCUCAAUAGUUCUUUCAGCUCUCUUUUGGAAGAUGCAAUGCGGCAUGAAGCAGUGCUGGAGGCUUUAUUGGGAGAAGAGCUCAUGGAAACCUUGUUUGAAGAAGAUCCUAGUACCCUAAUAUCAUCAGUAGUUCAGCUGCAAGAAUCUCUCAGACACACUGCAGAAAAACUCCAAGAACAAAAUGUGACUUUAGAAUCCCUUGCCAAGAGAUUUCACUUCUUGGAGAGAGGUCUACAGAAUAAUCAUGAUGCUCAUACAUCUCCUAAGCAUCCUGAAGAGGAAACACAAACAUCUACUGCUCUGGAUGAAGCUAAUGGUCAACAUGGCAACGUGGAACAUAUGGAACCUAACUAUGAGGCUGCCAAAGAUGACUCCUUGGAUAGCUCAGGAUAUAAUGAUAUCAUGUCUCUGAAGAAUGAUAUCAAACAUCUGAGCCUGGCAAUCAAGAGGCAUGAAUCAAGAGCUGACAUUAAUCUUUGCUGCAACCAUACAAUAGUAAAUGUAGUAGAGCCACUCAACAUUUCUGUAGAAACUCUCUCAGCAGAUUUAGCAACCAUCAAGCAGAACCUGGAGGAGCAUCUGCUGAUUUUUAAAAAACUGUUUGGAAGCAACGAAGAAUUAGUUGCCUCAAAUAUAAGUCUGGAUAUUACAACGAUUCAGUCCAUGCUGACCAGAAAAGUGAGAAGGCAACAGAAAGCUCAGGACAAGCAAAAAGACAAGAAAAAGUCUGAGAAGCACAGAGAAAAUAUGCAGACACUAAGCAGAAGAAAUACAGUACAGACAGAACUUUUGGAAAAAGAUUCACUGGUGGCGUUCCAUGUGGGAUUCUCAGAAGGAAAGGACAAAGGAAAAACUCUGAGGUUUAAUGAAACAUAUCUCAAUUACGGAAAUAGCUAUUUCCCUGAACACGGCUACUUCAAAGCACCACAUAAAGGUGUCUACUUGUUUGUCAUCUCUGUGGAGUUUAGUUCAGGACCAGCACUGGGACAACUCUCUUUUAGCCGUGGGUACAAAAGAACUCUCUCAAGUAGUCAGAGGAAAACACCAAAUGGAAAUACCAUGACUACUUUUGCUAUGGCAGAGAUGGAGAAGGGGGAGAGAGUAUGCUUUGAAUUGCUGCAGGGCUCUGUAGUGAAACGGAGCCCACCUGGGACAACAAUGGGUGGAUUCCUAAUAUUUAAAACUUGAAUACUGAGAGUUUAUUUUAAUGACACACUUCCAUAGAUGCAAUGGACCUAGUGCUUCAUCUGUGAUGCAUUCAAUCUUACUGCAUGUGUUUAAACAUAGCACUAUCCUAGAUUUGUCUUCUUGCUUCUUUUCUGAAGUGUUUGGCUUUUGAUUAUUUGCUUAUGAGCAGCAACGGGAUUUUCUUUUUGUGAUAAGCUAAUGGUUUGGACUCCAAGUCUAUCAGUACACACAUUCCCAAAUCCUUUCACUGGGCAAAUUUUACCCAAUUAAAGAAACUGCUUUGUGGGACCUUCUUUUUCAACUGUAACACAAAUCAUUUCUCUUUUUUCCCUUACAAAAGUAUCUUCUUCAUGGCAAAUAUACACACUACUGCCAGGUGAAAAAAAUUAUGAAUGAAUAUAUAUCAGCUCUUAAAGAGUGUGUAAGAAGUAGCUCCAAGUCAGGAAGUCAGGACAAUUUUAUCUCUUUGCUCUCUGUCCUCAGACUCUCCUGGGAACUUCUACAAUUCACUCCAAUUCAAUGUUUCAGUCUGUACAUAACAGAACAUCAUAAGAGAUAAAUCUCUGCAAGUAUUUGCAGAGCCUUUUCCUUCUGGGCCUGUGUUGUACUUCAAUUGAACUGCCAAGUUUAAUAGUAACAUAACAUUGUUAAGAUGAAUUAGUCUACAUUUAGACUUUGUGUACACUAAUUCAGCAUCUACUUAGCUAGGUUCUGAAAUUAAGCACAUAAAGGGUUUUUCUUUUCUUUUUUUUUUUUAAAAUACAUUUUGUUUGUUUAUAAAACUUUGACAGAAAGCUUCAACUAGAGUGAGAGCCAUGGGGCUAUUCAGAAAGAGACAUGGUAGGGAGUAGAAAGCAAGCAACAGAGAAAGGUCUAGAGAUGUGAUUGCUGAUCAUUCACCCAGACAGAACUUUUAAAGUUUUGGCAUCCUUGGACUUACCAGAAUCUUAUUUUUGUUGGUAAAUAAGCCAGACAAGUUCAGAAGUCAUCAACCUCAGAAUGAACACAAUGUUAAUAUAAAGAUAUUCUCCUGUUUGUAUUUUUCAAAUAUGUACUCAACUUAGCCACCUGCAUGUACAAAGAAGACACACUAACUUAACUUGAACACAAUCAUUUUCGGACUAUGAAGUAAAAAAAAUUACUGAAAGAUACAAGUUAAAACCAUCUAUUGGCUGCGUGAGCCAAGUAGCCUGACUUCCUUCUCAAGUGACAAGAGAAAGAAAAUGAUAAAGCUACUGUUUAAUAAAUGAGUAUAUCAUUCUUAAUAAACUUCCAUUUAAGCUA